GGUUUGUUUCGCUCAGUGCGAAUUAGAGCUGCAAGAUGUCGGACGUAAAAGAGUUGCGAGAUCUGGUACAAAGAAUCGCAGAAGAACAAGGAUACAACGAUUGCAACAUCACUCUCAAGGCGUUUUCAACAGGAGGAGCAAACUACACAUCCCAAUUGUAUCAUGUUACAAUCGAAGCUGAAGACAAAGAUGACAUAAACCUAUUCGCCAAAGUAGCAUGCGUCAGCGAGCAUAUACGUAAACAAACACCAUUCAAAAUAUACGACACGGAGAUGUAUUUCUACACAGAUUUGCUAAAGCGAUAUCAAGACUUGGAAGAAAAGCAUAACGUACCGAAACAGCACAGACUAGCGACUGUCAAAUUCUACGGCUGCAAGAAGGAGUAUUUAAAAGAAAUUAUAAUCCUAGAAGAUUUAUCUUUCAAGGGAUACGAGAGCUAUGACAGAUUUAAAACAUUCGAUUGGGAAUACGCUUCUAAAGCGGUCACAGAACUGGCUAAAUUACACGCAUUAUCCAUGGCUUUGAGCAAACACAAUCCUGAGGAGUUCGAAAGAUUGUAUAAACAAAUGAAAUAUGAGAUGAAAGCAGGAAACUUCAAAUCGAUGAUAGAGAAGGUAAUAAGCAUGGCGUUAGCGGUGAUAAAAGAAAAGAAUAGAGGAAGACUGGAAUCUUUUAUCCAGAAAUCCAAAGAAUAUGAGUUCGAUUACUUCUACAAAGUGCAGCAUCAGCCAGUGAUAAUGCACGGGGACUUCAGGGCCAGCAACAUUAUGCACAAACUGCGUGAGGGCGGGCAGUUAGAGGUCGUGGUACUGGACUAUCAGAUGCUGAACAUCAGCAACCCGGUCAUCGACCUCAUGUACUUCAUUUUCAGCGGCUCAGACCAGGAGUUCCGCAAGCAGCACUACCACCCUCUGUUAGAUCACUAUCACAACGAAUUAUCCAACACUCUCACAAGACUGGGCGUCGACGUCAAUACUACAUACUCUAAAGAGGAUUUUGAAGCCGAUUUAAAAGAGGUCCAGCCGUACGGUCUUUUCGUGGGCCUGAUGAUGGUUCCCAUGGUGACUGUGCUUGAGGAGGACGCGCCGGACAUGAGCACUGCUACUGGCGACCUCGCACACUUCGCUAUUCCGCCUAACCAACUCGCUAUUGCCCGCCUCAACGGCCUCCGAUUACGACAUAGUUUGUUUUGUAAUAAAUUUAGCUCAGUGCGGACGGUGACCCGCAACAUGUCGGACGCGGAGCAGCUGGUACGCGACCUGGUGCAGAAGAUCGCCGAUGAACAGGGCUACGAAAACCCUUUCAUCGAACUGAAGUCCUUUACAACGGGAGGGGCCAACUACACAUCACAAUUGUACCACAUCACAAUCUCUGCAUCUACCAAAGAUGACCUCAAACUCUUCGCCAAAAUUGCUUCCGUAGGAGAGCACAUACGAAAGCAGACACCGUUUAAAAUGUUCGAAACUGAAAUGUACUUCUACACGGAGCUUCUUAAGCACUACCAGGACCUGGAAGAGAAACAUAAUGUACCGAAGCAACACAGACUGGCCACUGUCAAAUUUUACGGCUGCAAUAAAGAAUAUUUGAAAGAGAUUCUAGUUCUGGAAGAUUUAUCCUCGCACGGCUUUGAUAUUCACGAUAGAUUUAAGAGUUUUGAUUGGGAAUACGCGGCGACAUCUAUAGUGGAACUUGCAAAAUUCCACGCUCUGUCCAUCGCGUUUAGCAAAGAAAAGCCGGAUGAGUACAAAGCAUUAGCCGAUAUGUUGUCCUUUGAAAUGGAUUCGGAGAACUUCAAGCCAAUGAUGGAGAAUAUGACGCGGACAGCGUUGUCCGUAGUCAAAGAAGAGAAUAGAGGGAGAUUAGAGGCAUAUCUCCUAACGACAAAAGAUCUUAAAUACACUCAUUAUUAUAGACCGUUGAAUUGCCCGGUGGUAAUACACGGGGACUUCAGACCUAGCAACUUGAUGCACAGAGUCCGUGAGGACGGUCGAUUGGAGCUGGUGGCCGUAGAUUACCAGAUGCUGAAGAUUGCCAACCCGGCCCAUGACCUGAUGUACUACAUAUUCGGUGGCUCCGACGAGGAGUUCCGUGACAAGCACUACCACCAACUCUUGGACUAUUAUCACGAACAGUUAUCUAACGCCCUGACAAGGCUGGAUAUAGAUCCUAUCAAAACAUACCCGAAAGAAGCCUUCGACGAAGAUAUAAAAGAGAUCGAACCAUACGGUAUCUUCGUGGGCAUGAUGAUGGUGCCUCUACUAACAGUUGAUGCGGAAAACGCGCCAAGCAUGGAGACCGGCGAAAUCUCAGACUUCUUCAUAAAACCCAACGAUCUUGCGAAAUCCAGAUUAAACGGAGUUGUAAAUAGUUUUAUUAAACUAGGUGUAUUGUGAUUUGUGAUAUUAAUAGCAUAACUGGUGAUAUUUGCUAAGCUGUUUAAUAAAUUAUCGUUUUUUGAUGAUUCAGUGU